AUGCCGCCGCACGCGCGGACCAGCGCCGCGCGGAGAGCGGUGGGCACCGCGGGUUCCGCGCGCAGCAUGCGGUACUUCCCGCUGGUGGGCCCCGCCGUGCUCGGCGCGCUGUACCUGCUCUCGCUCCUCGCGCGACGGGGGGCGAAACCCGCCGCCGUCGGCGCAAGCACGCAGUGGCUAUCCAUCGCCUACCACCCGUCGGGCGACGGCGUGCUGCUGCUCCUCGCGCCGCCCGCCUCGUCCGCCGCGCCCCUCCCCGCGCCCUCCCCCCCUGCCGGAGCGGCGGCAGCAGCGGCUGCAGCUGCCGGCGGUGGAGGUGGGGGGGGCGCGCGUGCAGGGGCUCGUGGUGGACGGCACUGGGCGCAGCGCCACGUGGCAGGCAGGCGGGGAGGCGGAGGGAGUCGCUACAACCCCUCCUACGCCCAGCCCGCCGGGCAGAACGCCUCUGCUGCGGCCGCGCUGCCGGCGGUGGCGGUGAGGGCGAGCAGGCUGAGCGAGCACGCGGUGGUGGUGACGUGGGAGGUCACCACGCCGCUGCUCUUCCCCGAUGGCCUUCACUUCACCCUGCGGGUGAGCAGCGGGGGUGUGGGGGGGAGUAGUGAGAAGAGGUGA